AUGAACCCCCUUAAUAUUCAAAUGCUGUCCAAAAGUCUACAUGAUCAGAUCUUUCGAGGCGUGGAACCAGAUUACAAGCGAGAAGCAGUGGAUAGGAGCAUUCGGCACUUACAGCAGCACAAUCUAUGGGACAAGGAAACUUCCCUGCUGCCUGAUGUGGAUCUCAAGCUGCCCCAGAUGUAUGGUGACAAUAUCGACGAGCACUUUCGCAUAUUGGCCCAAAAACAGACCCUUCCAUACCUCGAAGGGGCAAUCCAGCUGCAGCAGGCUGACCUUCCUCCCAUGCCAAAGCAGUGGACUUGGGCAGCUGGGUGGACAUGUUACGAAAGCAAUGGAGAAAGCAAGAAGGUUGAUUUUCCAGAUGAAGCUGCACUAGUAUUUGAUGUUGAGGUUUGCAUAACAGAGGGUCAGUGUCCUACUCUGGCUGUUGCUCUGUCACCCACCAAAUGGUAUUCCUGGUGCAGUAAACGCCUGAUUGAAGAGCGCUACUCCUGGUCAAAUCAGCUGACGUUGGCUGACCUUAUUCCACUGGAAACUCCCAUUAACUCUGUAAGACCUCCAGGAGGACAGUGGAAGGACAGGCUUGUGGUGGGGCACAAUGUCAGUUUCGACCGCACUUACAUUAAGGAGCAGUACUUACUAAAGGGUUCUAAGGUGCGAUUCAUGGACACGAUGAGUCUUCACAUGGCGAUUUCUGGACUGACUGGAUUCCAAAGAACGCUGUGGAUGGCAAACAAACUGGGCAAGAGAAGAGGUCUUCAAGAAGUAAAGGAACAUAUCAAGAAAACUGGGAAGAAAAAAGAUGGUCCAAUGAUUGGCUCUUGGGAUUGGGUGAAUAUUAGUAGCAUCAAUAAUCUGGUGGACGUCCAUGCUCUCUAUGUGGGUGGGCCUCCGCUACAAAAAGAAGCAAGAGAUAUUUUUGUGAAAGGAAGCAUGAGGGACGUGAGAAGCAACUUUCAGGAACUGAUGCAGUACUGCGCCUUGGACGUGCAGGCGACUCACCAAGUGUUUGUUGAGCAAUUACCUCUAUUCAUGGAAAGAUGUCCUCAUCCAGUGACCUUAGCUGGGAUGUUGGAAAUGGGCGUGAGCUAUCUACCCGUCAAUCAGAACUGGGACCGGUAUCUGGAGGACUCCCAGGACACGUACGAAGAGCUCCAGCGAGAGAUGAAGAAAUCCUUGAUGACUUUAGCUGACGACGCGUGCCAACUCCUGCAAAACGAAAGAUAUAAGGAAGAUCCAUGGCUUUGGGAUCUUGAGUGGGACGUCCAAGAAUUCAAGCAGAAGAAAGUGACGAGUAAAAAGAAAAAGGCCAAACCUGCUACAGCGGCUGCUCCUCUCACAAACUUGGCUGAUGAUGAGGCUCCUCCACCUGAAGAAGACGACGACUGUGUUAGCCCGAGUAGACAAGCAUUAGAGGCGUUAAAAGGCACAGUGGACCGCCUUCCCAAGAGGAGGCAACACCUCCCAGGACAUCCAGGAUGGUAUCGGAAGCUGUGUGAAAAGAUGUCCGUGAGUGGCUGGUCGCCCGGGGCAAGUCUCAUCAGCCUCCAGAUGAGAGUGACUCCAAAGCUCAUGGGUCUGACGUGGGACGGCUUCCCCCUGCAUUACACAGACAAACACGGCUGGGGCUACCUGGUGCCUGGACGCAAAGAUAACCUGAGACCUUCUGAAGACGAUACUGAAGAAGAGACAGAAGCCGUAUGCCCGCACCGAGCUAUUGAAAGAGUGUACAGAGAGUACCUUGAACGGAGCCAAAAGGAGACCCCAGGGCCGGACUCUGGCAGCGUCCCUGAAGACCUCGUGUUGACAGAUACAUCAGUCUGGGCAAAGGUGGAGGAAAUUAGCUCUCGUGAACAACUCCCCGAGGAAAGUGAAAAAAACCCUCACGACAGGAUGAAUGGGAAAUUUAAUAAAACGCAACAAGAGUCACAUGAGCAGAGUCAGUGCCACUACCACAGUGGGAAUGGCCCCUAUAAUGAUGUAGACAUCCCCGGCUGUUGGUUUUUUAAAUUACCUCACAAGGAUGGUAAUCAAAACAACGUAGGAAGCCCCUUUACUAAAGACUUCUUGCCUAAGAUGGAGGAUGGUACUCUCAGGGCUGAAAGCGGUGGGGCUAAUGCGACUCGUGCUCUGGAGAUCAAUAAAAUGAUGUCCUUUUGGCGGAACGCACAUAAACGUAUAAGUUCUCAGAUGGUUGUGUGGCUGAGGAAAGGAGAACUGCCUCGCAGUGUCAGCAGGCACAAAGACUUUGAAGAUGAAGGCCUGUAUGGAGCGAUAUUACCCCAAGUCAUCACUGCAGGGACGGUGACACGCAGAUCUGUGGAGCCCACAUGGCUGACGGCGAGUAAUGCUCGGAGGGACCGUGUGGGCAGCGAGCUCAAGGCCAUGGUCCAGGUUCCUCCUGGAUACCACUUGGUCGGAGCAGAUGUGGACUCUCAAGAGCUAUGGAUCGCUGCUGUGCUGGGAGAAGCUCAUGUUGCAGGAAUACACGGUUCCACUGCGUUCGGCUGGAUGACCCUUCAGGGCAAAAAGAGCCAGGGCACAGACCUGCACAGCCGCACAGCAGACGCAGUGGGCAUCAGCAGAGAACACGCCAAGGUUUUUAACUAUGGACGCAUUUAUGGAGCAGGACAGCCCUUUGCAGAGAGAUUACUUCUGCAAUUCAAUCACCGCCUUGGACAAACUGAAGCUGCCAGCAAAGCCAGGCAGAUGUAUGCACUCACCAAAGGAAUACGCAGAUAUCAUUUAUCAGAAGAAGGAGAAUGGUUGGUCAACGAACUGGACAUGGAGGUGGAGAGGGAGGUAGACGGAAGCGUGUCUUUGGAAGAGCUGCGCAAGAUUACGAGACUGGCUUCACAAAUGUCCCGGCGUAAACGAUGGGAGAUAGUGGAAAAGCGUGUCUGGUUUGGAGGCACAGAGUCCGACAUGUUCAAUAAACUGGAGAGUAUCGCACACUCGCCUCUUCCAGCCACUCCGGUGCUGGGGUGCAGGAUCAGCAGAGCACUGGAGCCCGGGGCAGUUAAAGACGAGUUCAUCACCAGCAGGGUCAACUGGGUGGUGCAGAGUUCAGCGGUGGACUAUCUUCAUCUCAUGCUCGUAGCUAUGAAGUGGCUUUUCGAGGAGCACGACAUCGACGGUCGAUUCUGUAUCAGCAUUCACGACGAAGUGCGUUACCUGGUGCGCAGCGAGGACAGAUACAGAGCAGCGCUGGCACUUCAAAUCACCAACCUCCUCACCAGAAGCAUCUUUGCUCAUGCGCUGGGCAUGCAAGACCUCCCGCAGUCCGUGGCCUUCUUCAGCGCAGUGGAUAUUGACCAAUGUUUGAGAAAAGAGGUGACAAUGGACUGUGUGACUCCUUCUAAUCCCACAGGCCUAGAGCGGAGAUACAACCUGCCCACAGGUGAGGCUGUGGACAUAUAUGAAGUCAUUGGAAUAACAAAAGGCUCUCUGGCUAAAGGCAGAUGA